GAAGACUAAUAUCAAUCAUGACAAGGAAGCAUGACUUGCCGAUAUAUGGGGUUCCACAAGAUUCCCCACAUUGUUACUGUAUUCUCAAAUGAAGAAAAGACCAACAUCGGCCAAGGUUUGCCAAAUUAGAUGUGCUUUUUGUUGAUAUACAUGUGGUGAGGUGUCCAGUACUAUUCAGGCUUCAAAAAUCAACACGAACGCAUUGUCGGUGCUUUAUCUCACUCUGUCUAAUGUCUUGCAACAGCGCUUGGGGUAAUCCUUGGAGAUAUUUACAGCCAACAACAGAUAUAAAUGGAACUCUAAUUGCCUCUCAUCGCAAAAUGGAUAGAAGGUGGUGGCGAGCCCAGGCAGUCCGCUACCUAAUGAGAUUUCAGACUGAGUAUACGUGCAACUUGCUAAAUGCUGAACGUCAUGCGACCUUUGGACGGGAAGCUGCAAAAUUGGUUCUUGCAACACCCGCUAAAGAAUGGCUAGAGGAAGUUAGAGAAGAACCGCAAUUUGAAAUGGAGCAAUUUGUAUGGUCCAAUCACAAACCGUGGAUGCCUAGGCCAUUGCUAAGCAUACAAGUGAGGAUGGGCGAUAAGGCAUGUGAAAUGAAGAUAUUUGAAUUUGAAGAAUACAUGAAACGUGCUGAACGCAUAAGAAAGCACUUCCUGCACCUUGUCAGCAUCUGGCUAUCCACGGAGAUGCAGGAAGUAAUUGAUAGAUGGAGAUCAUACCCCCACUGGAAUUUCUACUUACAAAUGUGACACGCCUGGUGGGAAACAUGUCAAUGGCUACUUACGAAGCCAGCCUGGGGAGGGAAACCAGCACGAAUUACCCUCUCGUUAAUUUCUUGAUGGCUGCGGAAUCAGAUUUCUUCGUCGGAGCCUUGGGUUCCAGUUGGUGCUUUCUUAUAGACGGAAUGAGGAACACGGGAGGAAAAGUUAUGGCUGGCUAUUUAAGUGUCAACAAGGAUCGGUUUUGGUAGCUAGAUAGUAAAAUGGCAAAUACAUAAAAAUGGAGGCUGGCAGUUCCACGGGUACGUAUGUUUUUGUUUGUUUGUCAGAUGUACAUAUAUUUUUUUGAUCUGCAAUGUCAGAUGUAUAUGGGUAUCCCUUUUUGUUUUUGUAUAGGUUUAUGUAUUUAGCAAACUAAUGCACAUGAAAUCAACUGUCAAUAUUGUUGAUAGUGCUGUACUUCUAUAAUAAAAUGGGAAAAUUAAAUGCAGUUUCCUAGGGUCUAUUUGCCCUUGCCUUGGUAAUCAUCUAGAAUCAAGACAAAAUUGAAUGUGCAAAUGAAAGUAGAAAACCAAAGUUAAAACCAAAUAAAGCAAAAGUCAUUCCUUCCCCCUUCCAUACUGUGGCCCAAAAAUGACUAGAGAAACAAAUGUUGCUAUUACGAUUUCUGCAGAUUGAUUCCGCAAUGUUAUGUCAGAGCUAGUCAAUUCAUGAGCCAUUCAGGCUGCUGAAAUCAUAGUUUGGCAAAUAUGUGGGCAAAUUUUAAGUCCAUCUGCCGUCAUCUUUUGCUGCCAAAAAA